AUGCUCCCUUGGCUUUGCCUCCAACGGGAUAUGCACAGAGUUACUCGUGGUUUAAAAACCGAAGCCACGAGUUUUUUUUGGAAAGGAUGCUUUAUCUUUCUUCUGAUAUCUUUUUUUUUGUUCGUGCUGAUAUAUAUAUAUACUUGUUUGGAGGUGGAACCUCUGUUUGGUGACGAUCCCGCGCAUGGUUUUGGUGUUGGCCCGACCAUGGCGGAAUAUAUCCACUGCGUCGGGGAAAGGCUUCUGGUGGACCCAACGACACGGCAGCUGGGGGGAAAUAACGGGACGGACGUUAUCCCGAUGAUGGUGGUCCCGCUGAUGCUCGAUCUGAUGGACUUUCGGAGGAUGAUGUGCAACAUCAGUGUGCCAAUCCGGCUGUUGGUUUUGGUGCAGAACGGGCGGGAGGCGAUGCUGUCGUUGUACCUGCAGGAACUCGAGAGGGUCUAUGGGUGGUCCGGACGCCUGGUCGUGAGUCGUCAUCCGGAAAACAUCGGGUACAGCGCUGCCGUGAACAUUGGGUUACGACUUGCACUCUCGCUCCCGCGCGAGGAAGUGCCUUUUGUUUUUGUAACAAACAGCGACGUAAUGUUUUCACCCGAUCUUCUUCCCAACCUUCUACGCGAUGUGCAUGAAAUGACGAGGCAUGAUGCCGCUCGCAUGGAUGAGUUGGCGGCGGAAGUGGCGAAUGAGCCGAGCGAGUACAGUCCUGUUUUGCGACGGGGCUUGAGGGUGCUGCGCUCCACGGUGAAGGAUAACCGAUUGUCGACGUCUGCGCUGCUGCCUGACCGCAUUCGUUAUGCCUCUGCAAAGGAGCGUGCAAAGAUGUUUUCGAAGCAUUACGGGCACUUCUGCGCGUAUUACAAAGGCACUUGUUUUGCGUCUGUUAUGUUGACACGCCUGGCGAUCAGUACGGUGGGAUAUUUUGACGAGAACUUUUACCCAGCUUACGUGGAGGAUGUCGACUACAGCUUACGCCUCCGUUUGCUUGGAUUUCAGGAGCGAAAUGUCUUAUACGGCAAAUUUGUGCAUCGCAGCAACUAUAAUAUUCGUCUCUCUGAGCAACUGGAGCUACCGGACGCUCUCUGGUACCGUCGUGUCAAGUCUUUGAUGACGAACCAACCAUAUGUCAUGAUGAAGUGGAAAGGUCUAAAAGCAUGCUGCAAUGGAUACAAGGAGCCAUAUAACGGCAUGGUCCCCCUAGACGUUUGGGUGAAGGAUGAGGCACGCAUACAACGCAUUCGGGCCUACGGGCAUGAUGAGAUCCGAAGAGUUCCAAGUAUUGACUACGACAGGAGCCUUUUGUACCCUUUCACGACGAAGGGAAGAUGA